AGCAACACUGAUGGGGAUUCAGUGGAAAAUUAGGUCACUGGGAAAUAUGGUAUGGGGUCGUAUGUAUUUGUACAAGGCGAUUACUUCACGAAUUCCUUAUUUGGUUGUUCUACGAACAUUGUUUUAGUCUGAAUUAUCAAAAAGAUAUAUAGCUUUAUUCUAUUGAGCACGUACGGGCGAGUCUAGGGAUAUUUAUCAGAGCAGCUGUUACCAAAAGAUGUCCGCAGCUGCACCUGCCAUAUUUCAACGUGCUGGCGAUUAAAGAGAAAUCGUAAACGGGUCUUUAACUGGCGCAAUUUCCCGGAAUUAAGUAUACUGGAAGGAACAGUUCACUGCAAUGAGAUCAGUUACUUCAACUUCAGAUCCUAAUUUUCAGAACAUUGGUGGUGAUAUGGCCGAGAGACUUGGUCUUGGACCAGAGGUUCGACAACUCAAGCUCGGACCAACCUUCACCAGCAACAGGUCUACUGCAUUUCAUACAUUAAAAUAUGACUUUAAACCAGCUAGCGUGGAUGUCUCUAAAAUGGCUAGAGUCGAUGUUGGAACUAACAAUACAAUGACUGUAACCGUUCCACAUCUUGAUGGGGCUGGUAUUCCACAUACUGUAUUCAAAGGUUCACAGCGACCAUAUCAUAAAGAAUGUGUUUUGAUCAUUGACAGAGUCACUGGAGAAAUAACAUUAGAAAAGUUAUCAUCAAAUAUACAAGUAAAAAAGACCAGAGCAGAAACAAAGACACAGUCUUUCUUGACUGUGCCCUCGUCUAAUAACGGAAAUCGACCAAUUACACCAGUUGAAUUUAGAAGAAGCCCAACUCAUGGUAGAGCGACCGGAAGGACGAAGGUCGCCAGUGGAAAAAAGAGGGAACCUUCGAUCCAGUUGCACCCUAAGCAGCCACACAGUCCACAUCAAUUAUCACCGUAUCAUGGGAAAAGUCCCCCCAAUUUGCCAAAUAGCAGUGUAUCGGCACCAACAUCUACAGUUCCAUCAACUUUGGCCAGUCUUCCUAUAAUAGGUAUCGAGAAUGAGGACUAUGCUCCCACUUCGUCUCUUCCGUCUUCUUCUCCACAUUGCUUGACAUCUGGGAUUUCUUCACCUGGUACUACAGUUAAACCAGUUGCUACCAUGGAUAGUGAUGAAUGUGCUCUAAGCGAUUCAAGUUCCAGUACCUCCAGUUCCGAUAGUUCUGACAGUGAUUCCGAAGCAGAUAGGAUUCGAGUACCCAUGCCCAUCAAUGGAGAUGUCAAUGAUACGUCUUCACCGUCAUUAUCAAUGCCAGACAAUCUCCUCAAUGAUGAUCUGCAGCUAUCAGAGUCAGAAUCUGACAGUGAUUGAGGAUAGGAUUAUUAAGGCAUUCCUUAAAGUUGAACUCAUGGCAGACAAAGUAGACAAUUUAAAUGAAUUUGGUCUUGGGAAAAUGUUUAGGGGAAGCUCAACAUCAGUUUUCUUUUUUUUAAGUAUGCAUCUUAUUUUGAUUCAAGAGCCUUCAUAAUUUGAUUUCUCUUCAAAGUGGGAUAGGUGGUCUUGAAAUUAAUUUAUUCUGUAAUAUACAUUAUGAGCUGUAAGCUAUUUAAUAAUAUAAGUUAAUUGUUACAUAUUGUAAUUAGAGUUGUCACAAUGGAGGAAUGCAUUCAACUCUAAAAAAUAGACUUCACUGGAGGAGUUUCUUUAAUUGCAUGUGUUUACAAUGCGUUUUGAACCUUUUGCAUUGGAUUACACUCUUUAGUUUUCCAAUCGUGAGUUUUCAAAUACAAUUUCCUUAAUAGGAGGUCAGAGAUAUCGUGAGAAACUACAUAAGGAUCGAACAAAUCAAUUUAAUCAUUUUUUAUCAUAUAAGGUAACAGGGCUUUUAUAAUAAUCCUUAUUUCUUUAAACUCAUACUGUCUGUACUCGUGUGAGCUCCUCUCUUGAGCGAAUAAAUAUGAUCUUACCAGGUUU